AUGAAGGUGUGCUUACUGAAGCGCCGGCUGGACACUUACACCUCAUGCACAGCUGGCGGCAUUUUAAUGCUAAACAAGCAGGAGCCAAGUUAAUAGUUAAAGUCACUUGGCAGUAUUAAUGUUUUCGUUCAGAGAAGCGUGGACUGUUGCUCCUGGGGGGCUGUGCAGGACCCUGCACUCUGUUGCGCGCCGCCGGCCACUCCGCGUGCCCGCGAUGCCGGUCCCAGCUCCGCUGUCACUCUCCUUUGGCAGGGCUCCUUGGUGGCUGUCCGCGACACGCCGAUCGAUCAGCUGUAAGAUGUCCGAGAACGGCGUGGCGUCCCGCCGGGGGAAGGUGCUCACCUUAGACACGAUGAACCCACGAAUUAAGAGGGUUGAAUAUGCCGUGAGGGGUCCCAUUGUGCAACGGGCGGUGCAGAUCGAGAAGGAGCUGAAGGAGGGUGCAAAGAAGCCCUUCACUGAAGUCAUCAAGGCAAACAUUGGUGACGCACAUGCCAUGGGCCAGCAACCAAUCACCUUCUUCCGACAGGUCAUGGCACUGUGCGCCUAUCCAGAACUCUUAAACAGCUCCCAGUUUCCAGAGGACGCCAAAAAUCGGGCAAAAACGAUUCUUCAGUCCUGUGGAGGGGGUAGUAUAGGGGCCUACAGUGCCAGUCAGGGUAUUGAAUAUGUGCGGCAGGACGUUGCACGUUACAUCGAGAAGCGAGACAAUGGCAUCCCCUCCAACCCCGACAACAUCUACCUAUCCACAGGAGCCAGCGACGCCAUCGUGACCACCCUGAAGCUGUUGAUGUGCGGCGAGGGCAUGAGCCGCACAGGUGUGAUGAUCCCCAUCCCCCAGUACCCUCUCUACUCAGCGGCACUGGCAGAGCUGGGUGCCGUCCAGGUCGACUACUACCUGAACGAGGAGCGAUGCUGGAGCCUGGACGUCAGCGAGCUGCGCCGCUCUCUGGAGGCUGCCCGCAAGCACUGCAACCCCCGUGUCCUCUGCAUCAUCAACCCUGGCAAUCCCACAGGUCAGGUCCAGAGCAGGGAGUGCAUUGAGGAAGUGAUCAGAUUUGCUGCGCAGGAGCGGCUUUUCCUGAUGGCCGAUGAGGUGUACCAGGACAACGUCUAUGCCGACGGCUGCCAGUUUCACUCUUUCAAGAAGGUGCUGUUUGAGAUGGGGCCGCAGUACUCAGACACGCUGGAGCUGGUCUCCUACCACUCAACCUCCAAAUGCUACAUGGGAGAGUGUGGUUUCCGGGGAGGAUAUAUGGAGGUGAUCAACAUGGAUGCUGAGGUGAAGGCCCAGCUGACCAAGCUGGUGUCAGUGCGCCUCUGCCCCCCUGUUCCCGGGCAGGUCAUGAUGGACCUGGUGGCAAACACCCCCCAGCCUGGAGAUCCAUCUCACUCCACUUUCAUUAAGGAGAAGUCUGCUACUCUCAACACGCUGGCGGAGAGGGCCAGGCUGACGGAGGAGAUCCUCAACACGGUGCCGGGGAUUCAGUGUAACCCCGUACAGGGAGCCAUGUACUCCUUUCCGCGGAUCACUAUCCCAGAGCGUGCCGUUCAGAAAGCCAAGGAGAAAGGUCAAGCCCCAGAUAUGUUCUACUGCAUGAACCUGCUGGAGGAAACAGGCAUCUGUGUAGUCCCUGGAAGCGGAUUCGGUCAGAAAGAAGGGACCUACCACUUCAGAAUGACCAUCUUGCCUCCCACUGAGAAGCUGAAGAUCCUACUGAAUAAGCUGAAGGAGUUUCACCUGCGCUUCACGCAGCAGUACUCCUGAGCUUCCCAGCCAAGGGGAAUCAAUCAUCUCCUCACCAAGUGCCUUCUGCGUCAUGACUUCAAUGGCCAAUGUUUUGCACUUUGUUACACAGUGAUUUCACUGUUCAUUAGUAGUGUGUUCAUCAGAGCAAUUAGCUUGAUUUGUUUUACAGAAUUUACUGAUAUUUGUGUUGUCCACUUCAAAUAUCAAGGGCAUUUUUAAAUUUCUUAAUGAUCACAUUUUAUUGUCUUCUAUGACUAUACAAACACGGUUAGAUAUAAUACCGUGUUUGUAUGUCUGUGUAUUGCAGUUUAACCAAAGUUAAUCCUAAGGUUUGCAUACUUGGAAAUGCUGCUCCUUAAGUGUUCCUGUGCGCCAAUACUGUUUAAAUUGUUUAAAUAUACUUGCAUACUUUAUGACACCCCCAGUCUCUCACCCUGUCCAGUGUAUGCCACCUUUCCCCUAUCACUCAUAAAUCUCAGUAUUUGAUGUUG